AUGUGCAUUGCCUUGAUGUGUUUGCUUGAAGGGCUGGUGCCUGCACUCAGAAGCCGAAUCGCUGUUCACCUUGCUUUCACUGUGGCUUUACGAACAGACCCCCUCCCUAUACAAAAACAUCAGACCGAUCGCUUCCUCGCGCCAGUCUUUUUCGGCUCACUCGUACGGAACCUUCUUCUACAUCACUCUCUUCGCUCUCACCUGAUCAAGUCUUCAAUCGAUUUUCCAACGGGGACAAAGACAACAUCCCGAUUCCUGCCCUCAACUUUGCAAAUACGCCAUCCGCUUCACAGUACAACACCUGCUCUCCCAAACCUCCCACCAGAGUCUACCAUUUACACAACUCUCACCAUGUCUUCUGGGCCGGGUGCCGUUUCGAUCGCCAAUAAGGGCAAGGCUAGCGUCUGGACCGAAGAAGCCAAGUAUGAGCUCUUGCUACGCAUCGUUCAUCAUCUCAAGAAGGAUCGAUCGAUCAAUUGGGCUUCCAUCAAAAUGGAGAACCGCAACACAAAGUCCCUUACCAACCAGUGGACCAGAAUAGGCAAGGACAUCGCCGCUCUGGAGGGUCUUGAUGUUGAAACCGAUGGUGCCACCUCUACUCCCAAAAGAGGCUCUGCCACGAAGCGCAAGGACGCACCGAAGAACGAGGAUGACGACGAGACUCCCGAAACUCCUGUCAGGAAGCGAGGUCGAUCUGCGGCCGUGAAGAAGGAGAGGGAAGUAUGCGAAUACGCAGUGGAAACGCCAUAA